GCUCCGUACAUUUUUCUGUCUUCAGGACCAUUUAAUCAGAGGUGUAAAAAGUACUCAAAAAUGUUACUCAAGUGAAAGUACAAGUACUAAGUGAAAUUUUACUUAAUGGAACUCACAACAAUAAUAAUAAAAUUAAAUAAUAUUUAUUAAUGUAAAAAGUGCAACUCGCACCAAUAAAAAAAAAAAAAAAUCAAAAUCAAAAAUGUACUGUCCCCGUUUUUUAAUUAAUAGAUAACAAAUGAGAUUUUGGUGGUAUUUUGACCACUCAAAUUGGAAAUGUCCCCGGUUUCCAUUUCAGAAAUCUGGUCACCUUAAUAUUGAAAACGUGAAUGCCUGAAAAUAUCCUGACACUGGUUGUUUAUCACAUUAUUUAUUAAUGUUUUGGUAUAUUGAACAACACGUCAUGCUUCCAUAUGGAUUGAAUUUAGACAUAUAGGUAAAUUAAUACAGAAAAAAUUCACUUAAUACAGAACAAAUUAGGCUGAUCACUUGUGUCGAAGCGGUCCUCCGCUGGGGGUAGUACAGUCUAUAGGACAAAACCUUUGGAGAAAGUGAAACUAUUAGUCAAACAAACGAGGACAUUUUGUCGCUUAGAUUUUUUCAGAGGGCUAAAGUUUUAUUCGGACAUAUAACGUUACUCGGAGUGGGCAGUUAUCUGAAGAGCUUCAGUGUGCCAUCUGUCUGGAUGUAUACAAUGAUCCUGUCACCACUCCAUGUGGGCACAACUUCUGUAAGACCUGCCUUGAAAAGUGCUGGGAAAACAUUCAGGUCUGCAACUGCCCAUAUUGUAAAGAAACAUUCAACAAAUGUCCUGAUCUAAAGUGCAACACAGCUCUUAGGGAGAUUGUGCAACUCUUUGAGAAAAACACAGGUUACAAGAGAGAACCGAUAAUGACAGAUUAUUCACAGCCUUUACAAACAGAAGACCAAGAAGAGACUCUGUACAAACCUUCAAUAAAGGCUUUCUCAAGCAGUCAGUGCUUAAUUUGUCUGGAGCUGUCCACUGAUUCCCUGACGACCCCAUGUGGACACAACUUCUGUAAGGCCUGUCUAAAGGAAUGCUGGGAAAGCAGUCAUGAUAACAGAUGUCCACACUGUAAAGAAAAUGUCAGCAAGAGAGAAGAUCUUAGAGAUCUUGAGCAGCUAUGUUCUCAAUCUGAAAUCCUGAUGUGUCAGAGCUCUUACUGUGAGCCUAAAGUGGAGCUUACAAAUAUAAAGCAGGUCAUGAUGAUUGACCUUAUGGAGAAUAUCAAUCCUAAAAUAUUCCAGAAUCAUGACAGACCUCUGGAGUUGUUCUGUCAAGAUGAUUAUAGAAUUGUGUGUCUGUCCUGUGCUGAGGAAGACCACAAGACUCACAACACUGUUCCUGUUGAAGAGGAGAGUGAAAAGAACAAGGCCCAGCAGGUGAUAAUGCACAAGCUUGUGCAGCAGAUGAUCCAGGACACAAUGAAGAUCCAUUGCUUUAAAAUGAAAAUGAGCAAAAAAAACAAGGAGAAAGAGGAGGCAGACAGCACUGAGCUCUGCACUGAUCUGAAUUACUCCACUGAGAGAUGUCAGAUGACACUUCCUGAGCCUGAGUCAAAGACCAGGAUGAAUUGUUUAUUGCCGCUUUCAUCCUCUUGGAUCUACAAGAUGUGCCCUUCACAAAAAGGAUAAAAGCACUGUAUUGCAAGUUCUUUCAAGCUUGAAGAUAAAUUCAUUAAUCUUUCUAUUCAACCAAUAAUCUCAUCAAUAUAUAAAGAAAAAUAAAAAAAUAUAUCAUUACAUAAGUAUAGUUUAGUUAAUCAUAGUCUGUAACUGUUUAGUAUCAUAAUCGUAAAGAUGAAAACAUUUUUUUCUAUCUUAAUUUCUUGUAUUCAGUUUUAAUAUGCAUAAACUAUUUUGUUAAACAUUUGUAGGUUAUCUGAAAGCACUAGCUCUGUGACACUUUCCAUUUAUUGCGGUUUGUUUGUGGAAUAAAAAAUAUAUUGUUAUUAUUAUGGAA